AUGAACAGCAAUAGUGGGGGUUUGCCUCUGGGGCUUGAGAAGGCUAAGGAGGCACAGAGCGAGGUCCAGAGGAGGGCUGCUGUCCAUGCUGAGCUGGAGAGGGUGAACCAGCUCCCUGCCAACAGUAGCUAUGCAGUCCAUCGCAUGAAGGUGCUUAACAAGCUUCUGCAUCUCAUGUCCAUCAAGGUAAUUCAAGGACUCAGUUGGCUACCCAAAGGGUUUUUUUUUUAAUUUCAUGAACCAGCCAUUAUAUGUUGGGAUAAAUCAAGUACCAUUUAUGUUGGACAUCUAUCUAUCUAUCUAUCUAUCUAUAUAUGUAUAUGUAUAUAUGCAUCACACCUCAUGCCCAUCAAGGUAAUUGAAGAACCCAAUCGACUACCAGUAGUCAGUGUCUUCUAGCGAUGAAGAGGCCUUCAUACUGAUUGUGGCGUCAGGGUUUGAUUGAGAAUUAGUUGGUAGGUUUCAUUGUAUUAAGUGCUAAAUAUCUGAGGAAUAAAUGUUUUAUAUCUACAUGAGCUGGUAAUCGUUAUAACUGUUAGAAUUGAGCUUUCUGUGUGGUAGGACCCAUGGUUUUAUCCACUGGUUUAUUUCCACAACAACAGAUAUAGGACUCUUCUUAAAGCGACUUUUGGGGUUCUGCCACAUUGACUGGAUCAAUCGGAUAUGUUCAACACGAGAGCAACUGUCUAGAGUUAUUGGGUCACCCAACUCAGAAAAGAGGAUAACCUUUGUAAUCACAUGGUUGAAUACUUCUUCAAUGACCACUAUGGAUCUAUUCCUUAGUACUUUUGAUUUUCUUUCCAGCUAGUUAGGUAAAAAAAUUGUCGGAGAUAUGAAAAGUAAGGAUGACAGUCUAGAUAUAUGUUUGAUUUUUCUUAGAAAAUGGAUGCUAUGAGAAAUCUUGGUGUUCUGUAAGAGGAUAUAAAAGCUCUGGAUGCCCGUUUCAACUUGACCAGAUGGUGGGAUUCCAAGAUGCUGGUUUCUGGGUUUAUUUUUUCGUUUCUUCAGGUAGAGAGAGGUUCAUUGUUCCUCUCUACUUAUUAUAGUUUGUGUAAUUUAUCGUAUUGAUUGUUUUUACUUAAUUUUUUAUUAAUUAUCGAGCUCCUAAUUUCUAUUUCACACGCUUUCGGUGGUUUUUACAUAUCUUUGGCUCGUGAUCAUCGUGGACUGAUGACCCAUUUUAUGAUUUAUCUGAAUUAUAAAUUGGUUACGUUAGGUUUUGUUUUUUAAAGUUCCAAACCAAUUCGCCCACGAACAGUUUUUAUUUUUCUCUCAAACUGGGCGGGGCAUUGCAAAACCUGAGGUUGAAAAAUUUCUUGCCUGCUUGUGUUUCAAGAUUGGGACUGAAGAUAUAUCCCCUUCAAAGGCUCCUUUUUUGAAGUUGAUCUGCAUAUUUGUCCUUGCAGGAGAUGCGGUCCCAUGCAUACUCUCCUUGUGUGGUAAUCCUGUGGUUAAAGCUCCUGAGUUAUGUCCCAUUUCCAUCUUCCGAAAUAUCUAGUUAAUAAUUUUUUUUCCCCUCUGGCGUUAACUCUGAAGAUACCCCUGUUUAGAGACUAAUUGGACCAUCGUAUCACCCUCUCUCUCCUUCUCUCUCUCUCUCUGACGAUAGUAUUGAGUUAAUAUCCACGUAAUUAAUCUCCUCCCUAGGAUGAGUAUUCAUUGUUAUUAGUAGUAUUAUUAUAAUAAGUAAAUCCACGGUGUCUACAAAAGGAAUUUUUUAGCUUUUGAUAAGUUUUUUUGCCUUGUGGACUCGGCCAUAACCCAGAUCAUGUUCUUCAAUUCUAAUAAACAUUCCCUACCAUCCACGAACAUGGUAUCCAUUUUAUCCAUUUUAUUAAUAAUAAAUAUGCUGCUUCUCUUCUCUUCUCUUCUAAUUGUGCUGUGAUUUCAUCUUCCUGCCAGAGGACCACCACCCAAGACGAGGAGCUGGAGCUUCUGUUUGCGGGGCUCUCUCUCUGA